CCUCCUCCUCCUCCUCUGCUUUCCUCGCUUCCUCGCCUCCUCGUCUCCUCGUCGCUCCGCUCGCUGUUUUAAACGAUGAGGAUUGCGCGGAGGAGAUGAGGCUCCGAAAUGCGUCCUUCCUCACGCUGCUCCUCUUCGGCCUGUGCGCGCUGGUGUCGCUGUCCUGGUACACGGCGUUCAGCGGAUCCAGAGGAGAUGUGGUGGAUGUGUACCAGAGGGAGUUCUUGGCCCUCAGAGACCGGCUGCACUCGGCCGAGCAGGAGAACCUCAGGAGGUCCAAAGAACUCAACCUGGUCCUGGACGAGAUCAAGAAGGCCAUCGCAGAGAAACAGGCCCUCCGAGACCUCAACAAGACCUGGGCCAGCCUCUCAGAGGAGACCCGUCUGAAGCUGUGGAACGUCAGCAGUACCAAGAGCGUUCUCCAGCUUCCCUCCAUCUUCCAUCACCUGCCGCACCUGCAGCACCCCGAGAGCCUGCAGCCCGCCGUGCACCUGGGCCAGGGCCGCACCGGGGUGUCCAUCGUCCUCGGCGUCCCCAGCGUGAAGAGGGAGGUGCACUCGUACCUGUCGGACACUCUCACGUCUCUGAUGUCGGAGCUGUCCCCCGCGGAAAGAGAGGACUGCGUCAUCGUGGUCCUCAUCGCAGAGGCCGAUCAACAGUACGCCAGCUCUGUGGCAGAAAACCUCAGGAGCAUUUUCCCAGCAGAGAUCCAGUCCGGUCUCCUGGAGGUGGUCUCUCCUUCGUCUCACUUUUACCCAGACUUCUCCAAACUGAGGGAGUCGUUCGGAGACCCCAAAGAGAGGGUCAGGUGGAGGACCAAACAGAACCUGGACUACUGCUUCCUCAUGAUGUACGCACAGUCCAAAGGAACCUACUACGUCCAGUUAGAAGAUGACAUCGUGGCUCGUCCAAACUACUUCACCACGAUGAAGAACUUCGCUCUGCAGCAGCCGUUAGAGGAGUGGAUGAUCCUGGAGUUUUCCCAACUCGGAUUCAUCGGUAAGAUGUUUAAGUCCGAGGACCUGCCCAUGAUCGUGGAGUUCAUGUUGAUGUUCUACAAAGACAAACCCAUCGACUGGCUCCUGGAUCACAUCAUGUGGGUCAAAGUGUGCAACCCCGAGAAGGACGCAAAACACUGCGACCGGCAAAAGGCCAAUCUGAGGAUCCGCUUCAAACCCUCUCUGUUCCAACACGUGGGAGUGCACUCGUCUCUCGCCGGAAAGAUCCAGAAACUCAAGGUACACAGACCUGGGAAGCAGCACCUCCACAAAGGCCACAUAAACCCAGCAGCAGAACUGAGCUCCAGCCUGAAGACCUACCAGCACUUCACCCUGGAGAAGGCCUACCAGGGGGACGACUUCUUCUGGGCCUUCACCCCUGUGGCCGGGGACUUCAUCCGGAUCCGCUUCUUCACCCCCGUGCGGGUCGAGAGGUUCUUCUUCCGCAGUGGGAACAUCGAGCACCCUGGAGACAAACUGUUCAACACCACAGUGGAGGUUCUGCCCUUCGAUAACCUGCAGGCUGAAAAGGAGGCUCUGACUGACAGCAAAGACAAGACACCAAAGUACCACCGCACAGAGGACGGCUUCUACAGGAUAGCCUGGUUCCACAGCGGCGUGUGUGAGGGGGAGGUGGACCCUUCCUUCGGCCCCCUGGAGGCCAUCAGGCUGACUGUCAUCACAGACUCUCCCGUCUGGGUCAUACUCAGCGAGAUUUUCAUUAAAAAAGCCGAAUGAAGGAGCCCCGCCCCCUUUUCCCCCUGUUAUGACGGAUACCUCAGAGACUCUCACAGAGCUCCGCCCACUGGUCACUCCGGACUUCUGCAGCCUAGGACGCGGUCUAGGAAGUAACCGGGGAAGCAACCAAGGACGCAACAGAGCAACGAAGGACGCAAACCGAGGAUGCAACCAAGGGAGUAACCUAGGACACGACCAAGGAAGGAAGGAAAGGUGGAAGUGAGCUUUUAAUCAGGGAGAAACUUGCUUUGAACCUGUUUGAAUUUGGAGUUAAAACUGGUACAUUUUAGUAGAAUUGUUUAUUUAAUUUAAAGCAGAACUCAGUGACCAGUUUACAAUCUGUGCAAUGUUUACUACUAGUAAGUUGUGAAUAAAUUGGCCUGCACCUCCCCCUGCUGGCUGCCUCCGGUACAGCAACAUAAAAUCACACCGGUGAAACAAAAGUCUAAAAUAUACAAACACAGAAAGAAAUGCACUUAGGAAGAUUAUAAUAUAUAUUUUUUUAGAUAGGGGGCGCUGUACAGAUGAGGAACGGGACAGGCUACUGAGUUCUGCUUUCAUUUUAAAGCCACAGUACGUAACUUUUAGACUGGACUAAAAAGCAUAUUGUUUGUUUUUUUGUUUGUUUUUUUGCACUGAAAAACAUAGAAAACACGUGUUCUUAACUGAGAACACAAACCUGACACUUAUUUAGUCUGGAAACUACCUAUUUCUGCUUGUUUCCAUGGAAAUAGUAGAAUAUUCCACAGUAAUUUAUAAAACAUGUCUCUUUCCGUAUGAUUUGAACCGUCUGCUUCCAUGGAACCAUUCAGGUGACCUCCAGAAAGUUACGUACUGUACCUUUAACUCCAGCUAUGAAGACAAGUUCCAACCCCUGACUCCGACUGAACAAAAACAGUGUGCGUCGAAGUGUCUUGCCUUAAAAAUAAGUCCCUUCAACUGAGCAACUUAAAGCUUUCAUGUUCUGCUUAAGUUUUUGUUUUAUCUGCAGUUCGAAAUGAGUUACCCGCCGUUGCAAAUUCAAUUCCUUAUAUCUGAAACGAAUCUUUUCAGCUGUCGUUUCCGUUCCGUACGCACUGUUAUUAUCAUUUUAAAGUGGAGCUAAACACCUAAACUCCGCCCACAACCACAUUGCAAAUAGAGCCGCUAAACUGGGCAGUGCCUGGAGGACAAAAGGGGAACGUGAGGGUGGAGGAGGGGCGUUUGUAAACACAGAAAAACCUGCCUGUAAUCAUGGCAGUCCUGUGUGAUGUCAUGUAGUACUGUGUUUUUCGGACUUUAUAAGUAUAAGUCGCACCAGCCAAAAAUUGUGUAACGAAGAAGAAAAAAAACAUAUAAGUUGCACUUUUGGGGGGAAUUUCUUUUAUAAAAUCUUAAAACAGGAGCCGACAUUUCAUCUUAAAAGUCAAGUUCUAGUAAAAACAAUAGAAGAGAACAACAGACUGUUAACGUCACAUAUGAACAGUUCUUCAGAUAAACUAUAACAUAAACAACAGAACAGAACAAGUUUAACAAACUCUCCAUCUCACUCCAAAUCACUAAAUCCAUUCAGUUCUUCAUCCUCGGUUUCAAAUUUUGCGCCGCUUCCUCUUCUGUGUCGCUGUCGUCAGACUCAGCAUCAGUUCCAGUUAGAAUUAUUCCGGCCUUUCUGAAUCCCGACAGGAUGGUUUCGGUGUCACUGAAGUCCAGACUUUGUCCGUCCAUCCAGUGACUUCAGGAAAGUUUCAUGGUGCAUCCUCCCAGUGUUUCUUACUCACUUUCUGCUGCUCAAUUACUGUUUUCAGCUGCAGAUUUCACGACUUGCAGUUUGUAAUCUGCAAAAUCUGAUUUUCUUUUUGAGGCCAUUUGUGUUCAGUUUUCUCAGUCGUCUUUAUAAGUUUGUUUAAAUCUUAAAUUUUCAGUGGUGCAGAAGUAACGGUGCGAUCGACUGACAUGAUACAGACAGGACAGAGGCUCUUUCUGCAGGAGACAUGCGCAGUAGAGCCAAGUGACAGUGGUACAGGAGGAACAGGAGCAGCAGAUACUCACACACAAGACUAGAACCUCUCGCCGCUUCAGUCUGAACAUUUUAAUAUAUAAGUCGCAGGAAACACACAAACCAUGAAUAAAGCGCAACUUAUAGUCCAAAAAAUACAGUACUUGAAAUUGCACUGGCACUCACUCAGUUUUCAGUUUUUCAGCACUUUAUCCUCUUUUAAAAUGCUCUAAAAAUGACUGGGAAUACAAGAUAAUACUAUUCAAACACCAUAUGCAAAGUUCGGUAGCAAAAUAGUUUUUAUUUUGUGUUUAGUUCCACUUUAAGUUUAAAACAAUAAAAAUAUUUCAAAAAGACUGAAAAUGGAAGCUUUAAAUAAACUACAAAUCCCAGAAUCCUUUUGUGCAUAUUCCAAAACCAACAACAACCACUUCAGUUUGUGACUACACCUCAUCCAAAUCCGACACUUCUCUUCUCCAAAGCUUGACAAAGCUUGACUACAGCUCCCAGAAUCCUUCACUUCUGCCUUCCUUGGCGACAUCUCCCAGAAUCCCGCAGUGCGCCGUCUCUCUCCUCUGCACACACACAAACUACUGAAGUGAACUUUGCCCUCUCUUCUCCUGAGGCCUUUCUCUGCUGUGCUGUUUCACUUUUCUAAUAAAAUAUUUUAAAAUAAUAAUAAUAAAAAAAAAAAAAACUGUGUGAAUGAGAGAACAUCUCCUGUAGCGCCCCCUGGAGUCUGUCUGAGCGAGUGCGUUUGUACAGUUUUUAUUUGAAAAGCACUGGAUCGAUGCUGUUUCUGUUUUAGGAUUUGGAUUUGGUCCAACUGUUGUAAUAAAGAAUAUUAUUUAAAUCAA